UUGUGUUAAAUGUUGACAAGAAUUUGAAUAUUGCUAUUGCUAGGCAAUUUAUUGUUUUAGAAACAUAUUUUUAUAUAAAUGAUCGUGUACAGUGUUUGUUAGACACCUUGUGAUAGAAUAACCUGUUGGAUGCAUCCGACACAGCGAGACAUUAAGGGCACGAGCGGGCUGGGAUUCCGGAUGGCCGUAUGGGCAGCCUACCGGACCUGACGGAACGAUCGCGGCCGCACAGCGUCCGGACCGCGGGCCGGACCAGGUCCGACCCACAUCGCAACCGCGCGGUUAUCAACCAGAUUCCAGUAAGCACAAUAUACAAGAAGGAAUGGCCUUGGAAAAAGACGAAAACACCUAUUAGGAAUACGAAUGCCCGAAGACGUGACUCAGCUGCAUCAUCAGUAGGCGCAGCAUCAGUUAGACGUCUCAUAGCUCGACAACCACCGCAACUACCGGGACCAUUGGUGAAGCGGUAUACUCUUCUCUGCAUUGCGAGUGGACUUUGCUACACUGCCCUCAUACCUUUCACUGCGUUCGCCGGCGCAGAAGCUGGUGCCUUACCUCUUGCGAUCUUGCACACUGUUGCCGCUGUUGUAUCUCCCUUUUCUACUAUCAUCCUUCAAAAAGUCGGCAUAAGGCUAACCGUGACUACUGCUCACGUCGUAAUCAGCUUGCUGCUAGCAGCUCAUAUCAUAGACAUCCCACUGAUGAUACUCCUCCCGCUGUAUGCCAUCUGCGGCUUGACUUAUUCUCCGAUGACAUUGGCUCUGUUUGUAUCUGCCACGACCGUAUCACAAGCGGCGGGAGAUGAGCCAAGGAGGAAGGUUGUGUUGAGGAGAGCUCUUCGGGGACUCCACGCGGCGCAAGAUAUUGGAAUAGUGCUUGGGUCGUUACUGUUGGGCGCUUCACUGUUGAUCUGGCAGGAAGAUGUCGCACCGGCGUUCCAGUCUAGCAACUUGCAGGGCAACUCUUCAGAAGACUUCUACGUCGAGGAUGAUUAUGAGGAGAAAACAUGCGGCUCGGAAGGAUGUCCUGGAGUCCAAUCUCUACCAGUUUCUACUUUAAGUGCUCAAGGAAGACAAAUUCUAGUAGCCGUAUGGGCUACUCUAGCAUUCUUUGCCGCAUGUAUAGCAGUAUUUGGUACCGUCGCUGGACAGUCCCCGCAACCAGACGCGCGAACUAUAGCCAAAGACCCACGUACCAUUCUGGGCAUCCCAAUGGGACUCUUUAUUGGCUUUCAACAGGGAUUCAUUCUAACAUCUUAUAUAAAGUGGUACGGCGUAUGCGUUGGUGGCUGGGGCGGGGGCUGGCGGGCGUUGUUCGGCACGGGCGCGCUGCAGACGCUAGCGGCAGCGACGCUCAGUAUGGCGGCUGCGCGAGGGCGCCGGGGGGCACUAGCUGCGGGAGGAGCAGCAGCUCACGCGUCAUUACUGCUGGCGCUGCUACGGUGGCGCGCGGCAAGGACUGACCUCGCACUGCCCGCUGUUGCUGCUGCCGCUUGGGGCGCUUGCGCUGCGCUAUGGGAGGUGCUACAGAUCGGGGUAUGCGUAGGAGGAGGGGGCUGGCGCGGGCCUUGGUCCAUAAUCAUUGGCUCGCGGCACGCUGGGCUAGCGCUGGCAUGCGUCGCACGCGCGUUCCUAUGCGUGCGCUCGCAGCUUGCCAUCCUAGCACUGUCUCUGCUUAGCGCUCUCAUCUCCUUCGCGGUACUGCACUGGCGCACCCGGGCCGAAAGCCGCCACCGCACCUAGCGCCGGUCCAUGCCGCGGGCUUUAGUGCCGCUAGAGAGUCAUGGUCCCAAUGACUAUCUCAUGCAGGACUUGAGGUUUUAAAGUGUGUGCAGGAAUUGGCUGAAGUAAAGUGCUCAAUGUUAUGUUAUUGGUAAAGAUGUAACUGUGCAGUUCUGGCUCAGCAGUGCCUCUAGCUAGCACUACCAACCUUGGGCGAAAUUUCUUUGGCGCCCAGGGUGCUAGCAGUGCUAAAAAAGUGGGCGCCUGUGACGCCCCUUUUUGUUAGCCCUCGGCGCCCCGCUUUAUCCGGCGCCCUGAGAGUGACAAGCGAUUAACGUAAACUCCAAUAAAAUGUAUGGGAUUUGACAUUAGUAUUAGCUAGCGAAGCGAUGAAUGACUUAUAUCAAGUCGCAUACAUUUUGUUGGCGUUUACGAUAAUCGCUUGC